GUUUUACCCCGAAGAUUACACGAUUCCUCAUCGACAAGGCUGAAGCGCUCAAGCUCAAGCAUCAGAUUUAUAGCAGCUGCUUGUUGCCAUAUUCGCACAAUCUUCCCUCGAAGGAAACACGCUUGUUAUCUUUACCCUCUGAACUUAUCAUCGAUCGCUCGCACAAGUUUUUGUAUAUACAAACCAAGGAAAGCAGCGCGACAGAUUCCGUCGAUUUUCAGUUACAGACCAUGCGUUUCCCAAAGGCUAGCACGACAGUUCGAAUAUCCGCGAACUUUGGACCUGUGAGCCAAUUUGAGGACUUGCCCGCGACCUUCAUUCAGCUGAAGGGCCGGACAGCUCAAGAACAGGGCGAGCUUUAUCUACAAUUGUCGCUAACAGCCUUACGGGAGCUGGCCGACUUGUUGGAAAACGAUCGUCUCUCAGCAACUGAUAAAGCUACCUACAAUCGAGCUUACACCGCUGGCAAGCUUCAAUAUGACCAAGCGGUAAGCCUCAGAGACCAGCUUCAAAUGCAGAAGAAGUCUUUGCGCAAGUUCAUCGUUAACCUUUUCGUCCGCGAGUCCAAGUCGAAUGCCAAGCAUUUUCGUAAAGUCACAUAUUGGACUUAUGAGGGUAUCAAAAGAACUUCGGAAGACCUGGCCAGACGUUUGCUGCCGGAAAAAGGUGAUACCCUUGUAUUUGGAAGCCCAGGGGAGUCCGCACAAGAACACGCCUCCGUUUGUGAGGAGGGUCCGUGUGAUGUGGUAGAGGACAGUCUUUCAGUCACCGAUCUUCCCCCGAACGAAACUAUCCGAGGCCUUAAUGUGGAUGUACAUAAUGAACAAGAAGAACAAGAGGUCUUUGUGUCGCUGAGUCGAAUAGCGAAAGCUAGAGGGGCGUACAAAGAAGAAGCAGAAUAUGACGAUGAUUAUGAUGACGAUAAAUCCACCAGUAUGUUUCUUAAAUCAUCGCCCAUGAUAGAACUCAGCAGGUUCCUUGAUAUCUCAGUCAAAGCCCCGCACUCACCAAGUAGAGCGCCAUCUCCUAGCCCCAGCUGCAUAAUCAAUGUUUAUUACAAUAUCAACCAAAGCGUGGUGUCUUUUGAUUCAGAAUCGACAAGACCAACAUUGAACGUCGGGGCAAAUGAAGGUGUCGACUCUGCACAUUGAAUACUGGAUACCAAUAAGCCAAGUCUCAGUUGGAUUGAUUUUAUGGUUGUAACGUGUUCAAUAAUAUGUCUAGUCGGGAGUGUUGUAUCAGUAAUAUUAUAUAAUUGAUUGGGCAUUCGUAGGUUUCUGGCUAGAAAGUCGCGACGAC